CCUCACUUACCAAUAAGGGAGUCUGGAUCUCUCUCCGCCUGCCGAACCAGGCAAGAUCCAUCACCGCCUCGGGGAAGAUCAGACAAAUCCAGCCCACUUCAAUCUACGGGGCUGGAGUCCAGUCCCUGUUCUAUCCAGUCCCUUCCUGUGCCGUCUCUCGUCUUUAAUCUCGCCUCUCCCCGCUCCUUGCCAUGUUUCAACUCCUGCCUGACCGUCGCGGUCUUUCUUACGGCUGACUUUUGUCAUUCUUUCUCCUCUUAACGAUCUAGAGGGGCUGCUGUGUUUCCUUCGUUCGGGGACACUACGCUCUUUACUCCCCUCCCUGUAUAUACCGUCAUUAUCGCCCCCUUCCUAUAUACCACGUUUCGUCUAUGAUCGACUGCACUUGUGAAACUUCCUGCAAAAAUGCUCCGCUCACUCCCCUUUGCCUGCAGCGUACUGCAGCUCCUCCUCCUCGCAACCCCCAUCGCAGCCGACAACUUCCCCUACGUCGGCUACCGCACCGCCCCGUUUCUGCCCCCACAGCUCAAAGUCACCAAGACAGGGCCGACGGACCCGGGGUACAUCUUCGUCGGCCCACGGGGCAACCAAGGGAUGGGCACGGCCGCGCUCAUCUACGAUGAAGACGGCCAACUCGUCUACGAGGGGCCUCAGGAAGUGACGGCCAACUUCCGGACGCAGCGGCUGUUCAACGAGGAGGUGAUCACCUUCUGGGCGGGCGACAUGACGGACCUGGGAUUCGGGUACGGGACGGUGCACAUCCUGGACAACACGUACCGGGAGAUUUACACGGUGACGCUAGGGGGCGGGGACUUGAACUUUGUGUCGCCAUUCGCCGACGCGCCGGCCUCCUACAUCGAUCUGCACGAGAGCCACGUCACCGAGCGCAACACGCUGCUGGUGACGGCGUACAACGUGACGCAGCACGACUUGACGGUCAUCGGCGGCGCGCCGGACGACUACAUGCUCGACGGGAUGUUUUUCGAGAUCGACAUCGCGACGAACGAGAUCGUGUACGCGUGGAGCGCUGUGGAGCAUCUGGCGGAGAUUCCCCUGGAGGGGUCCAAGCAGGGGCUCGGUCCCGAGUAUGGGACUAAGGAGAAGCCCUGGGAUGCGUAUCAUAUCAAUUCCGUGGAGUUGAUGGAGGAUGGGUAUAUUAUCUCGUUGAGACAUUAUUGGUCCGGCUUCUAUGUGCAUAAUAAUGGGACGGUGAUGUGGAGGCUUAGUGGUGAGAAGAAUACCGGCGACUUUGAGAUCGAUGAUCAGGCGGUCUUUUCGUGGCAGCAUGAUAUCCGCGUCUACAACCAGACGCAGGAGGGUCUCGUGUUGAGUCUGUUCAACAACGCCAACACGCCCACGGAGACGGUGGCGGCGACCACCGGGUUGAGUUUCUAUGUCGAUCUGGCCAACCACAAGGUGUCGACCUUGCGCGCGCUGUCCGACUCCAGCGACGUCAUCCACAGCGUCAGCCAGGGCAGCUACCAGCUGCUCAGCCCGCAGUCCGGGCAUGUGGUGCUGGGGUACGGGUCGAUCGCGCGGGUCAAGGAGUACGAUGCGUCCGGCAAGGCGGUGAUGACGGCGCAAUUUGGCGAGGAUAACGCGGUGGCCUCGUACCGCGGGUUCAAGUGUCAGUGGAAGGCGACGCCGUUCUGGCCGCCGGCGGUGGUGGCGAUCCGGACGACGGACGAGGAGGCGCAGGUGUCGAUGAGCUGGAACGGGGCCACAGAGUAUGACAACUGGGCGAUCUAUGCGGUAGAGGGGGAGAAGCUGGUCAAGAGUGUGAAGCGGGAGGGGUUCGAGACGACGGUGGAGUUGAGUGGGUUGAGGGAGGGGUAUGUGCAGGUGGUUGCGCGGCAGGGGAAUAUCCCACUGGGGAUGUCUGAGGUGAUAUAUGUAUAG